AUGCCGCGCCCAAGACGAAGAAGACAAUGGGCCCUCCUCGCCCUGGCCACCGCAGCGACGGCAUCAUUACCGCCGCUGCCGAAGGACCAGCCGCCAAACGUCAAAUCGGACACCGCGGACCUGACGGUGCUACAAGACAGUGAUGAAGUGGAGGUCUUCGACAGCGUCGACAUCGACGAUAUGGGCAGAGGCUUGUACCCGGCCCUACCCUUCGCGGAGACGAGUGAUGAUGAUAAGUCCGUGACGAUCUACCGGCCGCGGAAGGACGCGCAAGUCCCUACAAAUUGGACCGUCGACGCCCUCGAGGAAUUAGUUACAAGGACGCCGUUUCUAUCCUCGGAGGGCACGGUGGUCUUCACCGGUAAACUCUUAUCUGAUGUGGUCAGCGACGAGACCAAUUGCCCGCAGGGCAUCAUCUGCGCGGCUCAAGAUGAUAACUCGAAGGCACUCAUUGAGCGGCGGACCUGGACUUUGGAAGCGUUAGACCGAGCAUCAGGGGAGCUGCUCUGGCGGGCCACGGCGUCGCGAUUGGGCGACCAGGUGGGCACGAACACGAGUGCAGCGGUCACGAAACCACGCAAACAGUUCUUUGCGACGGUCACCGAGACGGCUGCGGCGGUGGCCGCCUGCACGCUCGCGGCCAUGUCCAACGAUGCGACGGCGUUGGUACCGUUAAACGCGCAACCGGCCAUCUUCUGCCCGCCACCAUCUAGAUUCUUCUCGCUGACGGCGGUACUCAUGCUCCUGAGUGCGGCCGUCGCCAUGUCUUAUGGUUUGAGCUAUGCGCGCAAGAACACUGUGCAACGCGUGCCGCGCAUCGUCGCCGACAAGCGAGGCAGCGGCUUCUUCGGCACUAAAAGAGUAGAUGUUCACCAAAAGCCCGCGGAGGACCGUUUACAGCUUGCGCAGGAGAUAGCCGCGUUACAAAGAGCGGACCACGCCGCGGUUUUGAGAUUUUACGCGUGCGACGUCCUGCCGUGCGGUGUCGCGCAGAUCGCCGUCGAGGCGUCCCUGUGUACUCUACAAGAGGCACUCUCAUCACAUAAAUGCCAAGGCCUGCCAUCCGAACUCCAACUGUCCUUGAGAUCAAUAGCGGAGGCUUUGUCAUGGCUGCGAGACGCUCUGCCCGAUUCGAAACGGCGGUGGCGCGCCACGCCGGACCGGAUCGUGCUCGUGCCCCGUAGUACAAGUGGUAGUUUGUGGGCGGCUCAUGAAUUGAAACUGGUGCCGCGCGACGGCGAUAACAAGGGCGACGACGUCUCUGACUUGAGGACGCUUACACUACAGUGUGCCGGUGAGAGUGACGACGCGCGGUGCCUGGAGAUGCGGGAGCUAGUAUCAUGCGCGACGCCGCUGGCGUGGGCGCGGCACCCGGCGCUCUGGGAUGAAAGUAGGCGGGUCGCGUUUUUAUUGGACGCGAGCGACUACGCCGAGGAGACGUCGGAGGCGGACGCCUUGCGGGCGGCGAUCGACGCCUCUCAGGGUUUUGACGACUGGCGGGCGGCGUUCUCUAGUGAUUUCCUGCGGCACGCCGAGGCGCGGCGGACGUACGACGGUCAUUCAGUUAGAGCGCUGCUGCGGAUGCUGCGGAACCAGAGCCACCACAUCCACACGUCGCCCUUCUCAGAACUGCGCACGCGCGAGGGCCUGCUCGCGUUCGUCUUGACUCGGUUCCCGUCGCUGCUGCUGCGCGUCUUUGAGGCGUGCCACGCGGCGCUGCCGGCGGCAGCGGACCUGCGGGCGUAUCUGGGCUACUUUGGGUCGCCGGCGCUCGCGGGCGCCCCGGUGGCGCCGGCGCUGGUCGCGGCGGCGGCUGAGGCGCCGACUGAGCGCACCGAGGCGCCCGCCCUGCUUGUGCCAGACGAGGCGCCGACGGCGGCGCCCUCGCGGCGCGGGAGUCCCGCGUCGGACGAGGACGACCUGAACGCGCGCCUCGGGACGCUGGCGGUCGCUGACUCGCCGCCGGCCGCGCAAAAAGGCGGCAGCCCGCGCGGCAUCCAGAGCCUCGACUCGACCGCGCCGCUCCCGACGGACUCGACGGCGCCGCUUCCGAAGGGCUACCGGACGCGGCUCUGCAAGCACUGGCUCGCGUCGGGCGGCAUGCACUGCCCCAUGACGGCUCGCGGCCUGCCGUGCAAGUUCGCGCACGGCGAGCACGAACUACGGCCGCCCGAGGAAGGCUUCGCGCCGCCGCCCGAGGCGAAGAAGCGGCGGCCGCGGCGAAAGUCGUCGUCGCCGCGGCCCGCCGCAGCGAAUAUCCCCUCUUGA